AUGACGGAACACCUAAUACGACGAAUGCGCUGGAAGGCCUUUUAUUUUCUUCGUAAGGAUGAAGAGAGCAGUGACGACGAUGACAGACAGCAGCGCAUGGGCGAAAAUGAUGAACCAUCAAGACAACAUUACGGACUUAAAAGUAAGAGAUCACCACCGCAAAUAGCUGAUAUGAUAGGUUUCGAAAAUGACUUAAUGAAUAUGAUUGAGAAUGUUCAAUUCAAAGAAGUCAAUUUUGCUGACGUAGUUCUAUUUCUUGUAUUUCUUUUUGCAGCUCUAAUUGAAGAUGGUUAUCACAGUAGUAACCCGUACCACAAUGCUGUCCAUGCAGCAGACGUCACUCAAGCUAUGAACUGCUUCUUAGUAGAACAAAAGAUAGCCUAUUGUUACAGUCAACUUGAGAUUCUGGCGGGGUUGCUGGCAGCAAUGUGCCAUGAUGUGGACCAUCCUGGAGUGAACCAGUCAUUCCUCAUAGCAACUUCCAAUCAUUUAGCUUCAUUAUAUCAGAACACAUCAGUUUUAGAAAAUCAUCACUGGAGAACAACAGUUGGGAUACUCCAUGAGUCUGGAAUGCUCAGUCAUCUCAAUGCAAGGCAGUGGCAUUUUUGUGUGCGGCAACUUAAGUCCCUGAUCCUUGCCACUGAUAUCACGCGCCAGCAGGAGUUCCUCAGCAAGUUCAAGAAACAUAAUGACCACGGUGAUUUACAACUUGACAAGGAGGAACACAGGCAUUUUGUUAUGCAAAUAGCAUUAAAAUGUGCUGACAUCAGUAACCCAUGUCGCCCUCUCGACAUCAGCCGGAAGUGGAGUCAGAGUGUGUGUGAAGAGUUCUUCAAACAGGGUGAUUGUGAGAGGGACCUUCAGCUUCCUGUGACACCAGUCUGUGAUAGAAACUCAACCACAGUGGCCAAAAUACAAAUAGGGUUUAUGGACUUUGUUGUGGGACCCUUAUUCAGUGAAUGGCAGCAGUUUAUACCCUCUAAUCUCAGUAAACAGUUACUAAAUAACAUUAACUUAAACAGGAGUUACUGGUUAGAGACUAUGCAUGAACCUGAGGCUGACUUAGAGGAGGGUACAGUAUCCAAAUCCAGUGAUCCUAGCCCAGCUCAGUCCCCUGUGGACAACAUUUCAUUCACAUUUGAUGCCAUAGAUGCUGAGGGAGAUACAGAUAGCAAAUAUGGUGAUGAGGCUGAUGAUGAUGAUGAUGAUGAGCUCCCUAUGUUAUUAAUGCCAGCGGAGAUUCAGUCUCUCCUUGGUGCUAGGCGGCAUAGUAUGCCACCAGCUUUACCUCGAAGAGACGUCUUUAAACUUCAAAUGAGGAGGGAGAGCUAUCCCAUAUGUACCUCUCUGAAUAGGAGAGGCAGUUUACCCAAAACGGUGUACCAGUCGACCUCCUGGGACCAGUUGUCUCAAAAACUGUCAAAGACGUCGAAUGGCACCAGGGCUUUGUCUCUGGACACAUUGACAUCUCGUCCAAAGAUCUCUGUCCUCAGUGCCCUUAUGGACACUGUCUCCAUUACACACCAGCAAUUCUCAAACUCUGACCCUCAGUCGCUGUCAACAGGAACCAUUCCUGUUGCACCCACUGCCAGCAAGAGGCUGUGGUCUUUACCCCAUUGUGCUGUGGACAGUUUGGAGUGUUCUCUAUUGCCUACAUUCCAUAGCCCUAGCCAUCACCACCACCACUCUAGUCAUAGUGAUUCUCAGGCAGAACUGCACGCCUCAGGGCACUUUGAAGCCGCAGAGCUGAAAGAUGCACAUAUUUUUAUACCUCCAUUCACCAGCACACAAUCAAACAUAUGUCAGGUCGAAGAGCCAGCUAUGCAAGUUCUAGAGAAGAAUCGGGAACUAUCAAAAGUUGAAGAGGAUGCACCUGCAGAACCAGGCAUUGUACACAGUUUAUAGUCAACUUUAAUGAAGCUGCAUUUUAAGACAUUUAUUUGCUAGUUAUUGUUAAUCAGAUUUUGCUAGCAUUUAUUGUUUGAUUAGGAAAGUGGCAUAUCUGUAAACACUAUCCAAUUUGUAGUUAAAAACAUCUGCUGUAGAUUUUUUAAGAAGCUUUUUACCAUUUUAACCAGGUGCCAAAACUGGGUGAAUGUUUGACUUCGUAGGCUUUAGUUGUCAAGUCCAGGUUCACACAUACUAGAUUUUAAGUUGUAUGAAAAGAUGAUACAAAUGUCAUGAAGUUUUCUAUGGGUGAAAUGGAUUUGUUUUUUGUUUUUUUUUUAACAUGCACAAGACCAUCGUUUUAUAUCUCAUUAAGACAGUUUAUUUAAAAAAAGUGAUUGAUAAAAAAAUAAUAUGCUUUAUACAAUUGGGCUUUGCCUUUGUCACGUUAGAAUAUAUUGCCUAUGAAGAUUAUCUUUUAAGAAACUUAAUUGAGUGCUGGGAAAAUCAUUAAUUUCCCUUAAUUACAUGAAGUCUUUAAGGCUGAGAAAAUCGUGGAAAACCAUGAUUUAUUCCAUAAGAACUGUACAGUAUUUGGGUGGCAGAUCAUCAGCUGUUGUUUACUUUCUUGUCCUGUUAUGGAUUGUCAUUAUAUGAACAUUUUCCACUAAAUUAUGAGAAGACUAGGUUUUAAAGCCCAUUUUGUACCAACCCUUGUUAAAAUAUAGGAAAAAAGUAGAAUUAAUAAAUAAACCUACACCAAAAUAAUUCAUAGGAUGGCUCAAAGUUAGAUAUAUUUUUGCUAAAUAUAUAUUUUUCAGCUUGAAUCUAGUGUUGGAUAGGACCAAAGAACUUUUGAAAUGUAAAUUGGAAAUAAAAGAAAUCCGAAAUCCAUUAGAAGUAACCUGAGUGUUAAAUACUUGAGUUCAAAAUGGGACAUUUUUCACCUUCCCAAAAUUUCUGUUAUGAGGUAGAUAUCUGAACAUUGUUUUCCCUGUACAAUUAUGUUGUAAACAAGCAUUGCCUAGUAUAAAGGUGGAGGAUUUUUUCUCAUUUUUCAGAUUGUUAUUAUUUUCUUUAGUUGCGUGUACUUUCCAUUUUUUUCAACAGGUUGCAGGUUUUUUUUUUAGUCACUGACAAUUAUCCUGCAUACUGAUCUCCUUAGUCAUGUGCAACUAGUUUAUGUUGUUAGAUAUAACAGUAUUUGUGAUGAAAUUUUAAGGCAUAUUUCUCUUUUGUUACAUUUGACAAAUAUUUAGUAGUCUUUAUGCCAGUAAAGGGGAAAAACAUGAAACAUUUGGACAAUUAAUGUCCUUGAAAUGGAGUGUUAGUCUUUUCCUGCAUUUUGGUUUUAGACCAAAUAUGAAAAAAGUAUCUUACUUAAUUUAGGGUAAAUUCAAGGUGUCAGUUGAGGUUGUAUUAUAGUACAGAACAUUAACAAAGGUUUGACAUAAAAAUAUUUUUGAAAGUGCAAUGUAUUUGUUAUACAUUACCAAUAUUGGUAUCAGGCUGCAUGUGCAUCAGUUUGUUUUCUAGACGUUAAGUCUUUAUCUGGGAUAAACUGCAUUGUUAAAAUAUUUUCAAAUAUAUCAUCACCAUUAUUUGUUCACUUUUAAGAACACGUUUUGUUUGUUCAUUUGUCAGCAGCAUGUAUAUAAAUGGGAGUUAUAAAAACAUUUGGAGGCACCUUUAU